GUCUCAAUUCCAACUUUAGUCCUUCGCUAACUAUGUAUGCGCGUGUCUUUUUGUCUCUGGCUGUUGGUCUCAUUGGCGUGGCUGCCAGCCCGUGCAAGCCGUUGACCUCAGUUUCAGUCGUUUCAUCUGCUACUCUGACAUCGAGCGUCGCUGAACCCACUGUGUCUACCUCUGUUGAAUCCGUUGUCACCGAGACCUCAACUUCGGCUGAGUCUUUGGUAACCGACACUCUGACAUCAACUGCUGCGGACUCAACCACCGACUUGACAUCCACUCUCGCUUUGACCGCCACGUCUGCCGAUUCAACGACACUCUUUACAACUGAGACAUCCGCUGCUACAACUGAUUUCACCUCAACCGAGACUUCAGCCGAUACUACCACUGCCGAUGCGACAACCACGACGUCCGAUGCCCCAGCCGAAACCACCACAUUCUCCAUCAUCGCCGGCGCAGGCCCAGCAGCCAACAACCCACUCAAGUCAGACAACCUCUUCGGCACCCCCUUGUAUCUAUCCUCAAGCACCACUCUCCCCGCCCAGCACUAUUACCUCGAUACCGCUACUGGACAACUCAAAUCCGGCACCAUGUCCAUCUGCGCAUGGUUCCAGCACAGCGACAUGACCAAAGCUUACAUCACCGCAUGUUCCAGCGAGAAUGAGGAUAUCAACAAGGGCGUAGUAUAUCUGAAUUGUCAGGUUCCUACCGAGGGUUCUGCACUCCAGUGUAGCGUUCCGGUGCUGAAUUGUGUACAACUUGGUGGUGGUGUUCAGAACUGUGCUGCGACAACGGAUACAUUGAGCCAUUUCAGCAUGGAGGGUGAUGUCAAAAUGGUGUAUAUUGUUGCAGAUGGCUUUACGGGUAUAAAUCAGACCCCUGUUGAUCUGAUUGUUGACCAGGCUGCGGUUGCUGCUCCAACGCCGUGAGCUAAGGAUAGAAUAUGGAUUUAAUAUGUAGGGCCGCUGCUUCGUCCAUAUUGGCAUGCUUCAUUACUUGUAUAUUCUUUCAGGUGGCUAUAUUUCAAUUAAGUAGACUCUCAGGAAGGUGAAGCUUCUGAUACUGGAGCAAUCCAUCCCUGAACAACUAUAAUUCUAAUUCUCAGCACCCUAGCCAUAUCGUUUGACGGU